AGCUCCUCGCCCGCGAUCACGUGCUGGGGAGGGGACCUGGCUGUACAGUGAUGUCUUCUUCACUUCCUUCUUGUGAUAGAGAAGCAUUUGAACCCAGCUGUAGGACGCUGAUAGGUCUCCGUGUGAUCGGAGUCAGGAACCAGCUACACUGGAUUGUGGGUGCUGUGCUGGAAGGAGGGGGACACCAUGAGUGCUGGGGACGUGGUGUGCACCGGCUGGCUCAUCAAGUCUCCUCCGGAGAAGAAGCUCAAGAGAUACAUAUGGCGGAAGCGUUGGUUUGUAUUACGACGGGGAAGGAUGAGUGGGAACCCAGAUGUCUUAGAAUAUUACAAGAAUAACCAUUCCAAGAAGCCUAUCAGGGUGAUAGACCUAAAUGAAUGUGAAGUACAGAAAUACAUUGGGGUGAACCUGAUUAAGAAGGAAUUCCAGAACAGCUUUGUAUUCAUAGUAAAAACUGCUUUUCGAACUUUCUACCUGGUGGCUCGGACAGAGGAAGAAAUGCAAAGCUGGAUGUCCAAAAUCAGCCAGAUCUGUAACUUUGGGCAUCUGGAAGAUGGCACAGAUUCUGUGGAGAGCCUUUCUCAUACCAACUCCUCCGUCCAAGCAUCUCCAGCAGUCUCCACUCACACGUCAAGAAUCACAGACCCCUCUUACUCCGUGGACAGCUCAGUGGCUGAUACCUCAACAGAAGAGAACCGCAGUGAAUCGGAUUCAGCGUUCAUCCCCGACUAUCUGUAUUUGCCCAAUUGUGAGAGUGGGAAAGUAAAUACCACCAGAUGUGAUGCGUGGUCAAACUCUGACAAAUCCUUAGAACAGACCUCCUCUGAUGAUGUUUUUGUUGACUGCUUAUCAUCUCCACAUCCUCUUAACCAGACACUUUACAAUGUAAACUUUCACCACCAUGGUCCUAUCCAAUCCCCAACUUCCAUUGCCAUCAAGGACCUUGAAUCAAAUGGUUUUUCCAGUGACUUUUCUUCUUCUUCCCCUCUGCUGGGUCCUGCUUCAUCACAAACAUUUUCCAUUGAAAAAAAUCUCAGUGGGCUUAGUGACGGUGAGAUCUUAGCCAUUAUUCCACCACCGAGACCGCCUAAACCAAACCACUUUCCUGAAGCAAGGGCUGAAGUGAUUUCCAGCGGAAUUAUCCAGAAUGGACAUUGUUUAUCUGGAAUGGUGCCAAGAAGAAUCUCACUAUCCAGUCUGGACAACGUUAGGAACUGGAAAGGAGAUGUAGAAGACUGUUCAUUACGAAGUAGGGACAAGAGGCUCAGCUUAAAUCUGCCCAGGUUUACACCACAACAUUCCUUUGCUUCAGACUGCUCAGAUGACAGCUAUGUCCCCAUGAACCCAAAUGCUUCCCCACCAUGUUCAGAGUCAGACUGUAGCACAGACGGGUAUAUACCUAUGAGCCCAGUAACUGCAGCAUUCCCUUUCCCUGCAUCAGCAAACGCAAAGGUUUCCAGCCCUUUGCCAGAUCUCCCCACAGACCUGGAACCGCCUCCUGUAAAUCGGGACCUGAAGCCACGACGAAAGAUGCGCCCACCUCCCCUGGAUCUGCGGAACCUUUCCACAAUAAGAGAACAUGCAACAAUUACAAAAACAUGGACAGUGCCUUAUAAUCGGACCAGCUUUAUCUCCCCAGAAAGCGACUGUAUUAGCUCAGCAAAUAUCUUUGCCAAUCCUGUCUCAGGAGAAGAGGACGAGUGCUAUACUCCAAUGGAACACAGACAAGGGGCAUCACCCAGUAAUGGAAGCUUCCCUUGGCCAAGGAAAUUCAGCCUUGACUAUCUUGCCCUGGAUUUUAAUUCUGCAUCUCCAUCACCUGUGCAAAAGAAACCUUUCCUGUCUGAAGAGCAGAGAGUGGACUAUGUACAAGUGGAUGAGAAGAAGACACAAGCUUUGCAGAGCACCAAGCAAGAGUGGUCUGAUGAGAGGCAGUCAAAGGUGUAAAAGUAUUUCAUCAGAGGCUUCUUAUGUUUUGCACUAGAUUCAGUCAUUUUUAUAUAGCAGCUAAAAUGGACAUUUUUAUGAACCGUGAAAGUACAAACUGCAGGUGGAAAUAUAAAGCCAAGGGACAAACUAUUUAUUUCCAUAAGUGAUUUUUGUAUAUUAUAACAAGAUGUAUGUAUUACCAUACACUGAUCCAGUCUGAGCACUGCUUGUAUACAGUAUAUACAGAAUUCAGCCAGAACCGCUUGUACCGGCGCACGUGACUAAUUGUUUCUGUACUUUAUAUUUUACCAAUUGAUGUUUGAUAAGCCAUAUGGAAUAAAGAGCCUUGAAUAUAUCAUGGGCUCUGUAAACACAA